GAUGCCGAUUCCUUGUACAUGUACGGAGAGAUGGAUUUUACGGAUAUAGAGAAAUGGGAGUUCAAACGAGCCGACGUUAUAUUUGAAUCGUUGAUCACUUCAGGACAUUUUGCCGAUAUAUAUUUAGCUACAAAUCAGAAAACAGGAUUAACUGUUGUGGCUAAAACUCUGAAAAAAGGAUGUUCUCCACAAGAUGAGUUACUGAUGAAAGCUAAGAUAAACUUUAGCUGUACACAAGUUGGACAUCAUAUAAAUGUACUGAAUUUUGAAGGCGCCGUAGUAUCAGAUUCUGAAAUUGGACAAUUUCUGCUUUACGAGUUUUGUUCAAACGGUCAGCUGAGUGAAUACCUAGCUACAAUGAUAAAUCAAAUAACUGUGGAAACGCACGAAAAACUCCUACGGUUUAGCCUUGGAAUAGUCAAAGGAAUGGAGUACCUAGCUCAACGGAAGAUUGUCCAUCGUCGAUUGGCGGCUCGCAACAUCCUUCUUGAUAAGGAUUUAGAGGUUAAAAUAGCCGGGUUUGGACCUCAGCCACAAAUGGAAGAUGCUGACGGAAACAGUGGCAAGAAGGAACGCAUUCCUAUUAAAUGGAUGGCACCUGAAUGUUUGAAAAGUACUGCUGAUGCUACUGAAAAGAGUGACGUGUGGUCUUUUGCUGUAGUACUGUGGGAAAUCUUUUCUCUUGGUGAAAAACCAUACGAGAAAUUCAGUGGGCGGGAUAUCCCAGGAAAGUUAAAAGAGGGCUACAGGUUACCCAAACCAGAGCAAUGUGAAGAUAAAUGGUAUAAUAUCAUGAAACGGGCAUGGUCGGUAUCACCAAAAGAUAGGCCGACAUUCACUGACAUGAAGCACGAUAUUGAAGGCGAAUUUACCCAGGCGACCAAGGCUGACUACUAUUAUUCAAAUCACUAAGAGCUGUGAUUAUAUCAUCGAAUCACGUGAUUUCGUGUAUUCAAAUGAAGAAAUGAUAAACUUUUAAACUAUACAUUUAUUUUACUUAACCUAUACAUGCUGAUUUUAGAAGCCAAAAAUUCCUUUUACAAAAUCAUAUGAAUCUCAAUCACAAUGUUACCAUGGCGGAUAUAACAUAUUCUACGAUACAGAAAAAUUGCUUCAUUUACAAUUUACAAAAUAAGGAAAAAACAAGCAAUAUGUAGCAAUGAUUUUAGAAGUACUGUAAUAUAUACUACUUUGACUUUAA